AUGGACGAUCCAGAACUUGAAGCUAUUCGUCAGGCUAGGAUACGCGAGCUGCAAGCUGCUGCCGCUGGAGGUGGAUCGAAGUCUUCAGAAGACGAAGGUGAAAAGAAACGACAACAGGAAGAGACGAGGCAAACAUUGUUGACUCAAAUUCUUGAUAAUGAAGCUCGAGAAAGACUCGCAAGAAUUUCUAUUGUAAAAGCCGAAAAAGCUCGAGCCGUCGAAGAUCUUCUAAUUAGAAUGGCGCAGUCUGGUCAAUUGCGUGGAAAAGUAACUUUACUGAAUCAUGAUAAUGGUGAUAGUAAUGAAGUGUUACUUCCUGAAGAAAUGACUAAUAAUUUUUUUAAUAAAAUUGCAGUUAUUGGAACUGAUGAGUAUUUUGAAAAUGAAUGGAAAUAG